AUGUCGGCCGGCCCUGUCGAGGUGUAUAAUGGCACCGCUGGCGUUGCUAACACGGGCGGCGACUCGUUGACCGGCGACCUCAACAUCUACUACAGUGAUGGCGAUUUCGCGUGGAUCAUGACCUCGUCGGCCCUUGUGCUGCUCAUGGUCCCCGGCGUCGGCUUCUUCUACAGCGGACUGGCGCGGCGCAAGUCGGCCCUCGCGCUGAUAUGGCUAUCGAUGAUGUCCAUCGCCAUCGUCGGGUUCCAAUGGUUCUUCUGGGGCUACUCGCUCACCUUCUCCCACACAGGUAGCGCCUUCAUCGGCGAUCUGUCCAACUUCGGUCUUAUGAAGGUCCUGGGCCAGCCUAGUGUUGGCAGCUCCAAGAUCCCCGAUAUUCUCUUCUGCCUGUACCAGGGCAUGUUUGCGGCCAUCACUCCCGCCCUUGCCAUCGGUGCUGCUGCCGACCGUGGUCGCAUGCUCCCAUGCGUUGUCUUCAUGUUCAUCUGGGCCACCAUCGUCUAUGACCCGAUCGCGUACUGGACCUGGAACGCCAACGGCUGGUCCUUCAAGAUGGGCGGCCUCGACUUUGCAGGAGGCACCCCCGUCCACAUCAGCUCCGGCGCCGCGGCCCUCGCCUACUCCCUCAUGCUCGGCAAGCGCCGCGGCUACAACGACAUCAGCGGGCUCCCCUACCGGCCACACAACGUCACGCACGUCGUGCUCGGCACCGUCUUCCUCUGGGUGGGCUGGUUCGGCUUCAACGGCGGCAGCGCCCUCGCCGCCAACAUGCGCGCCGUCAUGGCCUGCAUCGUCACCCACAUCGCCGCCAGCGUCGGCGGCUUCACCUGGUGCCUGCUCGACUACCGCCUGGAGCAGAAGUGGAGCACCGUCGGCUUCUGCUCCGGUGUUAUUGCCGGCCUUGUCGCCAUCACGCCCGGGUCCGGGUACGUCACACCCUGGGCGGCCGUCAUCUACGGCGUUGUUGGGGGGGUUGUCUGCAACUUCGCCACCAAGAUCAAGUUCCUCAUCGGUAUCGACGAUGCCCUGGAUAUCUUUGCCGAGCAUGCUGUUGGUGGGAUUGUUGGCAAUCUGCUGACUGGCCUCUUUGCGGCCGACUACAUCGCCCACCUCGAUGGCUCCAGCACCAUCCCCGGCGGCUGGAUCAACCACAACUACAUCCAGCUGGCGUACCAGCUGGCCGACUGCGCGGCCGGCUUCGGCUACUCGUUCGUCAUGACGUGCGUGAUCCUGUUCCUCAUGAACCUGGUGCCGGGCCUGUCGCUGCGCGCCGACCCGCGCGAGGAGGAGGUCGGCCUCGACGACGGCCAGCUCGGCGAGUUCGCGUACGACUACGUCGAGCUCAGCCGCGACGCCGCGCACGCCCUGCUGCCGGGCGAGGAUCCCGCUGCCAACCUGACACGGGGCGUAAGGGGUACUACGUAG